UUUCACGAAUUUUGUUGCCCCAUCUGGAACGGAGAAAAGCCGGCGGGUGGCAAGGAAGUGGUUGUUAGCAGAAGCUGUACUCAAAACAAAAUCAUGGCUGUAUUCUAUGGCACCGAACUUGAAGAGCUGGACGAUGAAAAAAGUGGUAUAAGCAAUAAGCGGCCUCUUUCAAUUGAGGAACAGGUGGUGACAGAUGAGCGGGGACGACGACGUUUUCAUGGCGCAUUUACUGGUGGAUUUUCGGCCGGUUAUUUCAACACUGUUGGCUCGAAAGAGGGUUGGGAGCCAAAACAGUUCCGGUCGAGCCGCAGCGAGAGAAGUGAAAAAUUUGAUUACAAACCAGAAGACUUCAUGGAUGAAGAGGUUCACUUUUUGCUUAUUAUAUCCGUGUAA